GGAGGGGGCGUGUGCGGGUGUUCGUGGGAGGUUCUACUGGCAUGCGUGACGUAGCAAUUGGCAGUGUCUUUCUUGUUCAGCGACUCGAUGUUUCUCUCUCCCUCUGUGAUCAGUGGUGAAAGGGGGAGACGAUCUAGCCUACCACACCGCGGCGGAUACAGCGUGCGCCUCCGAGUCAUCUUCUGUCAGUUUCUCCAAAUUGGCGCCUGGAUCCAUUCUGGGGGGAAAAUUACACCACACCAUUGAAUCUGCGGCCGUAGUGUUCUGAUUCAUUUAUCGGCUAUUCUGAAUGACGGGCGGAAGGUUCGACUUCGACGAUGGAGGAACAUACUGCGGAGGAUGGGAAGACGGCAAAGCCCACGGACAUGGCAUCUGCACCGGGCCCAAGGGCCAGGGCGAGUAUGCCGGCUCCUGGUCGCACGGCUUUGAGAUAGUGGGGGUGUAUACCUGGCCCAGUGGGAAUACGUACCACGGAUACUGGUCUCAGGGGAAACGGCACGGUCUGGGGGUUGAAACCAAAGGGAAAUGGACUUACCGCGGGGAGUGGAGCCACGGAUUCAAGGGUCGGUAUGGACUCCGCCAGAACCACAAUACACCUGCCCGGUACGACGGGACGUGGAGUAAUGGCCUACAGGACGGUUAUGGGAUCGAGACCUAUGGAGACGGUGGUACGUACCAGGGCCAGUGGAUGGGAGGAAUGAGGCAUGGCUACGGGGUGCGCCAGAGCGUGCCGUAUGGCAUGGCCACAGUGAUUCGCUCCCCUCUCCGGACCUCCCUGGCCUCGCUGCGAUCUGAGCAGAGCAACGGCGCCGUGCUCCAGGAACUCUCGGGAGACACGCCCACUGGGGGCCGUGGCGGUUUUGUCCUGAACUUCCUCUCGGAUAGCGAGGCCGUCGGAGGAAAGAAGAAGGGCCUGUUUCGGCGCGGCUCGCUGUUCGGAAGCCUCCGCCGGCUCCACAAGUCCGAGUCCAAGUCGUCCAUCUCCAGCAAGAGGAGCUCGGCACGCAGCGACGCCACCAUGAGCCGAAUCAGCUCGUCGGACGCAGACGCCAACUCCACCGUGUCCCUGGGUGACGGCGAGUUGCCGGACGAGGACCUGCUGCUGGAGGACCACGUGGACGCCACGACGACAGAGUCGUACAUGGGGGAGUGGAAGAACGACAAGCGCAACGGGUUCGGCGUCAGCGAGCGCUCCAAUGGAAUGAAGUACGAGGGGGAGUGGCUUAACAACAAGCGCCAUGGUUACGGGUGCACGACCUUCCCUGAGGGCAACAAAGAAGAGGGGAAAUACAAAAAUAAUGUGCUGGUGCGUGGAAUAAAAAAGCAUCUGAUCCCCCUGAAGAACCCUAAAACCAAAGAGAAGGUGGACCGGGCCGUAGAGGGGGCGCAGAGGGCGGCGGCCAUCGCCAGGACCAAAGUGGAAAUAGCAGCUUCCAGGACGGCUCACGCCAGGACGAAGGGAGAGGCAGCAGAACAGGCAGCUCUAGCUGCCAGUCAGGAUGCCGACAUCGCUAGGGCCGUUGCUAUGGAGCUAUCCCCAAGCUUCCACCAACCAGGUCCUGACUAUAUCAAACAGGCAUUCAUGGAGGCAGUUGAGAUCCCCAAUGAACAACCCCCCGCUGAGGAAGAGCUGAACGACAUCAUCCCCGGCCACGCCGAGACGCCCGAGCCAACCCCUCCCCCAUCGCCCCACAGCAAGAAGAGACAGCAAGGUAACAGCGUCUCCGCCUCCGCCUCCCGCAAGACAAGCAAAGAAGAAUCGUCACACAGCCGCAAACUCAGCAAGGAGGAGAAACCGGCCCAUAAGGUCAGCAAGGAGGAGAAACCGGCCCAUAAGGUCAGCAAGGAGGAGCGGGCUAGCAGGAAAGUCAGCAAAGAGGAAAAGGGGUCCGUUCCUGCCGAGCCGCCGAGAGCUGCUCCCCCACCACAGGUCAAACAGGAGGAGGCCCCAGCUAAACCCCACAAGGCCCCGGAGCCUGUCCCCAACAAACCACCCACCCCCCAGUCUGCUCCCCUGACGGCAGCGGCUCCUGGUAAUGGAAUAGGACAGCUACACACUCAGUAUCACAGUUACUACGUCAAAACCCCCGCACGGGUGCCCCUGCCCAGAGACCCCGAGCCGGACGAGGACGAGGAGCCGAGUCAGCUGACCCUCGCCAGGAUGUGCCCCCCGCCCCCCAAGUCGUUCCGGAGCUCCACCCCAAAGCCGACGCCCACCAGUGAGCCGGGCAAACUCAGGAAGCAGGAUUCAUUGAAGCCCAAGAGCCUGGCAGAGACCAAAAGGGCCAGCAGGGAGAUGGCUGAGUCCCGUGGCGAAGAAACGGCUCCUAACUCUAUCUUGGUUGCUAUGGUGAUGCUGUUGAAUAUCGGCCUAGCGAUCAUAUUUGUCCACUUCUUGACAUGAUGAUCCCUAGUGUCAGUGAUGCCAUGGCAACUGGUGUAGUUGCAUUGCCGGCCUUUAGAAAUCAAAAUGGCACCAGCCAGACCUGGAUCAGCGACAGGAGCAUGGGAUUCAGCUGUGUGACAACGGAGAGGAACAGAAGAGGAGCAAGAGAGGAACAGGAGAGAAGGACCCGCAGCUGGUCCUAGGCCGUC